AUGGCGGUGCUUGCGCGACGGGGGCGGAAGGAUCGAUCGUUUGCGGCGAUUGUGCGCGCUGGAUUUGCGUCACGUGUGGAGAAAGAGACCGAAGCAGCUCUCGACGCUCGGGUCGAUGCCGCUUUUGACGCUCUUCGAAGCGUCGAUGACCACGACGCCUUGAUUCAAGCGUUUGCAGAUCGUGGAAUAUUCCAGUCGAAGGAACGGACGGAAGCAAUGGAGUUUCUGAUCGGAGAUGUGGUGCAAGUGAAAGGAGAGAAGCGAGGCGUGAUCUUGGCGUGGCACGUGACGGCUGACACGUUGGAAGCAGAUGCUGGGCCUCAAGUCGUGUACGACGUUUUACCGCACAGUCCUGGAUCCAGCUUUGCUACUAAAUUGUACAAUGUACCACAAGACGAACUUCGACGAGACGAAGCACCAAAAGCAGUUCAGCAUCCGGCCCUGUUGCUAUACUUCGACGGGUUCGAUGGUACCCGUCACCUCCCGUCAAGAGCGUUGGCAACUAGAUAUCCCGGUGACGUCACUGGAAAACUUAAAGACACGGAUGUGGUAGUCGCUAUUCCGUCUAUUAUCCAGCUUCAAUUUGCUGAUGAAGACCAAUUAUUGACGUACUUGCGCUGUGACGACAGCACCAUUGUCCAGUUCGCUAUGGCCAGCUUGGAGGGCAUGUGGUUUGGCGAAUGCGGACCGAGUGCACAAAGUGAGGUGCAGCGUGCUGUAGAUCUGGCAGGGCAGAAGAAGUGGGACCAAGCUCGUGAGGUACUUCAUGAAGUAGUGCACGGUUAUCCAGAGUAUGCGUAUGCAUGGAACAAGCUUGCCAUGAUAGAAUACCAGAGUGGCAACUUUUGCAAAGCGCUAGGUCACUACGACACUGCGGUCAAGUUGAAACCACAGCUUGUCGAGGCUCUUAUCGGUCUCGGCACCUGCGCUAUACGGCUCCAGCGGUGGACCCUGGCGCACCAGGCCGCAGUGGAGCUGCUCAAAGUACAACCAAACAACGACACUGCACGGAUGCUGAUUGAACAAGCUGUGUAUUCUACGCUCUAG